GUCACUGCAACGGUCCAGAAAGGAGCGGAUCCCUCAGCGCAGGGAGCUACGGUGUGGCCCAAAGAGAUAUGACCCGGUUGGACCCUUCACCUCAUCGUGUAAGUGGCAGCUCCUGGAUGGAUGAGAGGCGGAGCAGAGACAGGUCCCGUCGGCCAUCAGGUAUAUUGAAAUGCAGAUUCAAAAACAGUAGUUGCUUUGUUGUUAAGCAUAUAGAUGAUAAUCUUGAUCUUGAGUUUUGAUUUCAGAGUCCAGAGGAGACAGGGAGCAAGAGAGUGGCUACUUCUCCCCAGACCGGAGAGGUGACGGCGAGCGGCAGAUGGAGGAAGUCAACAAACGGCAUUAUCGUUACUACGAGAGGGGGCAUGCUCUUCCUAGCAACUAUAUUCCAGAGCCCAAAGCCUGCGUCCCCUACCGGAGCAUCAACCUGGGUGUGCCAUCCCAGAGGAGGAAUCCAGAGACGUUCAUGCUAGAAUCUUGGAGAAGUGAAUCCCCCGAGAGAUACACCUACCACUCCAACUUUCGACGGGGAACUGACUCGGAGAGGAAUUCGCCGGCGCGCCACAGCUCUGUGAGUCCGGAUCGCUACAAGUUAAUUGAAUCUCCUGUGAUGACCCGCCGAAGGAGCUCCCUCUCCAGGAGUCAAGCCCGGUCCCACUCCUCGUCUCACAUCUCCUCUAAGCUUCCAUCGCAUGUUCCCUCUCGGCAUACAUCAGGCAGGUCCAGUCCAUCCCGCAGGAGGGAGUCCCUGUCCUCUCGGACCGUCUCACCCUCUAGAGCCACACCUUCUCACAGGCGCACAGACUCUUUCCAUUUGCAGGACGGUGAAUAUGAAGCACACAGGGGAUCCAGCCGAGACUUAAGGAGUCCGUCGCAAGCGUCGAACAAACACAGCUUGGACUCUGAAAGACUCUACAGGAACCUUGAGUCCAUCUCCCGCCGAGGGUCGUCCGCCAUCCAGAAAAGCUCGUGUGAGGGAUCUCAAGCGUCCCCUCGAACAAGAACGGCUGUUGACAGAGCAGCAAGCGCUCUGUCUCAAAACAGCCGGGAAGUAUCGCCACCCAGGAACGGCUACAGCACACACAGUCCCACCCCUCAAAGAGGGAGCAAACUGAGCCCUUCUCAAGGCUCCUGGCAGGGGUCCUCACACUCCUUACUCAGCCGCCCUCCCUCUCGUGGUUCUUCAACGUCGAGACAUCAACCAACAAGAGGUGUCGACUCACAGGCGCUCGGUGGUUUCCUGUCACCGGUCUCACCUACAGAAACCGAUAAAGGCAAUAAGGGAAAUAUUUAUGUCAGCGGCGACAGAAGCAGGAGCAGCAUUCGGAGGGGGAUGGAUGCCUUACUGAUCUCUGAACCCAAGAAGGCGGAAGUGGAAGUGGAGGAGGUGGGGAUGACCAUGGACGACUACGUUGUCCUGGCUAAUAUUCCAAAAAUCCAUCUGGAGUCAGAGGAAGAGCAACCAGGUCUGAGGAAGAGGAACCAGAGUCCCAGCCCGUGCAGGGAUCAGAAGCUAAGGACGUACAGGUGUCAAGAUGAAACAGACUUCUUCAAUGCAAGGUUUGAGUCAGACGAGAGGGGGAGGGGCCGAGAGAGAGGCCGGGACAGACGAGAGAAAUGUCGGGACUCUGAAAAUGGACAUUCCUCUAGGAGACAGUCAGCAGCAUCACUUCAUGCACAGAGCCCAGAUUAUCAGAGUGGAAAACACAGAUCUUUGAAGACAAAGGACCGAGCUCUUCUUGAACAAGCGCAGACACAGGUGAGCAUGGUCCCAUGACUUUCUGCAUCUUUAUAACUCACCCGCCUAUUGGGAGGAGAAACAGGUCAUUCUAAAGAAGCCCUCUGUAUUAAUCAUGACACUUUUAUCUAAGGUGUGCAUCUACAGCAGCACCUUGCAGGAAAAAGAAGCCAGCAGUUAGCACCCCAUGUUUUAGGGCAGUGUGUUCAAAUGAUUCAUCACCUUUAUAUUUAGA